CAAGGCGUUUCCAGCAUUUCGAAGCGACAUAUAGAGAAUCGUCAUCUCUAGCCGAAUCGUACUCUGCCGAAGGGUACGGAAUAGCGCAAAGUACCUGAAAAUGUCGGGACGUAGAAAGAAAGACAAGAAUAAACUGCUGCAAUGGAGACCUCGUAAUGUUCUCUGCAAGGAGCUGAGGUAUCACCAGAAGAGGGACAGAACGUCUGACUGGUCUGACAGUUCGGAUAAGGAAAACGAUGAAACAGAGACGGUAAACGAGUGGCCGUUGCCAUUCCCUGUGGCUAUGUGGGAUUUAGAGCACUGCUCCAAACAGUCCAAACAUGGUACUGGCAAAAAGCUAGUAAAACAUGGUUUAACAAAAUUGCUGCGACUGAGUACACGAUUUUCAGGCCUUUGCCUUACUCCAGUGGGCAAUGAGUGCGUGACUCCAUUGGAUCGCAAGAUUGUAGAGAAGUAUGGUUGUGCAGUUGUUGAUUGUAGUUGGUCGCGUAUCGACGACACUCCCUUCAACAAAGUAAGGACAUCCCAUCCUCGCAUAUUACCCUUCUUGGUUUCUGCCAAUUCGACAAAACCCUGCGAAUUGAGUUGUGCGGAGGCUAUUGCAGCUACUUUAAUCAUAACGGGAUUUCCAGACGAAGCUGACCUGAUUCUUGGCAAAUUUAGUUGGGGACACUUGUUCCUAGAACUAAACAGUGAAUUGUUGGAAAAAUACGCUCGUUGCGCAAAUAUUGAAGAAGUAAUAGCUGUACAAGAAAAGUUUUUAAAGGAUAUCCAGCAGGAAAAAAUUGACAGACUUGCGAUUUCUGACUUUCCACCAAGUGAUACAGAAUCUGAAGAAGAGGCGGAAGAAAAAGAUAAGAGCGUAGUGUCCGAAAUAGUUAAGGAACUAGCCAAUGCAAAAAUAUAAAGUACAAUACUGCAGCUAUUUUACACAAUCAAAUAAUACACUAGAGGUGUACGAAUUAAACAUUUAUAUGAAAUUGAA